AUGCGCGUACCGUGGUCAUCGCCGUCCUCGGCGACAGGACGAGGACGAGGACCGGGCCUCAAUCUCACCGUCGUCGCCGCGACUGCGCUCCUCUUCGCCACCUCCGUCGCCGCCUCCACCGUGUCCGUCGGCGGCCUCUGCUACGACGCCUGCGUCAACACCAUCCGCCAGCCGCACUUCAACGACACCGCCCCGGCCAAGUCGAAGCUCCCGCAAUCGUGCAAGAGCCUGCUGCACAUCAAGUCGCUGUACCUCUGCACGCACCUGCACUGCGACGCGCCGCACCGGGAUGCCGGGCUGAGCACGCAGAACGCGACAUGUCAGCAGUACAUGAACGUGUCGCUGCCACCGUUGGAGAUUAUCGGAGGGUACUCGGAGGAGGAGAUCAAGGGCCUGAGGAGGCUGACGAAGGAGGAGGGCACGGCGGGGACUGUCUUGAACGAGGUUGUGCUGCCCGCGGAGCCGUUUUACCAGAUUUGGUAUGAUUCUUUGGAAUCGGUAGAGUAUACCUACAGUCGGCAUUAUCGAUAUGGAUUCUAUGUUAUUGUCUUUUGGGUUAUUGUGUGCGCUUUCGGUCUGGCGACCCGUCUUGUCGGAGCCAUCGCCAGCCUCCAGCGCCAGGAAUGGGACUCGGAGAAGAAGCCCAACGCGCUGCACUGGGCUGCGCUCUGGCUCAAGCGGUACAUCACCAUCCCGGCGACCUUUGGCUACCGCUGCUCGCAGAACCUGGGCUGGUGCACGAUACCGCCGCGCAUCCAGAGCAUCACCAUCUUCGCUUUCAUCGCCGUCAACACGUGGUACUGUUGCUACGGCUAUUCCCUCCUCCCGGGGCACAUGUACUGGCCGGACAUGUCGAAGCAGAUCGGCCGCUACGUCGCCGACCGAACCGGCAUCAUCUCCUUUGCUAACUUUCCCAUCAUCUGGCUGUUUGGCAUGAGGAACAACCUCCUCAUGUGGGUGACCGGCUGGGACUUUGGCACGUACAACAACUUUCACCGCUGGGUUGCUCGCGUUGCGACAGUCCAGGCUGUCAUCCAUACCGCUGCCUACGUUUUGCUCAUUCUAAGCGAGGGCGGCUGGACAUACUUCCUCUGGUGGUUCACGCAAAUGUUCUGGUGGGCCGGCUGGUUUGCAACCUUCGGCAUGGUCUUCCUCCUCGUCGCCUCCGUCUUCUGGAUGCGCCGUAAGCAGUACGAGCUCUUCCUCGUCCUCCACAUCCUCCUCUCCAUACUCACCCUCGUCACCAUGCUCGGCCACGUCUCCAUCUUCAACCACCAGUUCGACAUGCUCUUCUGGAUCCCCUUCUACAUCUGGGUCGCCGACCGCGUCCUCCGCAUGUCCCGCACCCUCGCCUUCAACCUCAGGUUCUGGAACACCUUCGCCCUCGCAACCUACGACGCCACCUCCAACAUCGUCCGCCUCAGCAUCCCCUACCCCACCUCCUUCUACGAGCCCAAGCCCGGCACCUACUACUACCUCCACGUCCUCUCCGACAAGCGCGCCUGGGAAAGCCACCCCUUCACCAUGGCCUGCACCACCCUCAACACCCACCACACCCGCAAGUUCUCCUCCGAGCAGACCCCGCUCCUCGUCGCCUCCGACGAUAACCCCGUCGAACCCAUGUCCGAGGUCGACCUGCACCCCCGCACCGGCACCCCCUCCAUGACCUUCCUCAUCCGCCCCUACGACAGUUUCACCGCCCGCCUCCGCGAGGCCGCCGCCGCCCCCUGGCCGCGCCCCGCCCGCCUCCGCGUCUUCGUCGAGGGCCCCUACGGCCACACCCAGCCCUUCUCCCAGUUCGACGACCUGCUCUUCAUAGUCGGCGGCAGCGGCGUCGUCGUCCCCCUCGCGCACCUCCAGCACCUCUGCCGCGCCGCCUCCCGCGCCCGCUCCGUCAAGAUCGUCUGGGCCGUCCGCGAGCUGAGCUUCGCCGCCGACGUCCUCCGCCAGGACUUCGAGGACGCGCUCGACAGCGGGAAGCUGGCCGUGGAUAUCUACGUCACGCAGACGAGUCUCGCGACGAACGCCGUGCGGCCCGACGACUGGCCCGAGCACGUCAGGCUGAUGUACGGACGCCCGGAUGUGAGGGAGGAGGUGCAGGACGCCGCGACCGCGGCUGAGAAGAGCCGGCUCGCGGUUGUGGCGUGCGGGCCAAACGUCAUGGCUGACGACGCGCGGAAGAGCGUUGUUGAGAUGCUCGGACGCGGGUAUUCUAGGAUCGAGUACUUCCAGGAGAGCUUCAAUUGGUAA